UGAUACCGUCGUUGAGCAUGGCGGUUUUACACCAGGCAAACGGGAAGCGGUUACUCCUGCGGUAUUUGCGGAACGCCUUUUUUUACCCCUCGGGGCCCCGCCGGCAUCGUCAUUACAAGAAGAAAUGGGCAGCCACUGAUCCUCGGACAACUAAUACCAGAGUGGCCCUCCAGGUCUUUGACAUGAAUUAUGGAGACCAGUUUGGCAGCCUCUGGCCCUCAAUUCGCAUCAGUCUCCUGUCGAUGCAAAAAUAUGGGGCCCUAGUCAACAAUUUCUCUGAUGUAGAACAAGUCAUUCAGAGUCUGGAAGAUAUGAGUGCAGUAGAUUUUGUCCAAGAAUCUCAGAAAGUCACCGAGGAAUUAGAUUCCUCCAUUGAAGAAAAUGACAGUGUGCCAAGUUCAUCUCCACAAAUUCAGACAAAACUUUCAAAGACUCAAGAACAGCAUUUUCUUAAUGUCAAUCAUAACAUCAAAUGUUACACAUUCCCCAAAGGAGACAUCAGUCGUUUCCGUCAAACUAGACCAGACAUCAUAGGAAUUCUUGGUUACUAUCUCCUGGAUGCUGCCUCAAUUUUACCUGUUUUGGCUCUCAAUGUACAGCCUGGAAACAUAGUCCUUGACCUUUGUGCAGCCCCAGGUGGAAAGACACUGGCACUUUUACAGACCAGGUAUUGUUGUGAGCUGACAGCCAACGAUCUCUCUAUGUCUCGCACAGUCCGGCUACGUAAUGUCCUUCGCAGCUAUCUUCCCAAAGAAAUCCAAAAUACAGUGCGGGUUACUUCAUCGGAUGGAAGAAACUGGUGUCAUACAGAAACUGGUACUUAUGAUAAGGUACUUGUUGACGUGCCAUGCACAAAUGAUCGAAAGUCAGUCUUAGAAGAAGAUAACAAUAUAUUCACAUAUGCAAGAAAAGGGGAACGUCAGAUGUUGCCAAUGCUCCAGCUGCAACUGCUCGUAGCUGGAGUACUUGCUGCUAAGCCAGGAGGAGAAGUGGUGUAUUCCACAUGCACUCUGUCUGAGCUCCAAAAUGAGUAUGUGGUUGAGAGAGCAGUGGAGUUACUAAAUAUCCAGUACAGCAUCAGUGUGAGAGUAGAGGACCUGAGCCAUUUUCGGAGACUGUUCCAGAACACAUUUUCUUUCUAUUCAAAUUGUAGGCUUGGAGAACUAAUCCUGCCCCACCUCACAGCUAACUUUGGACCCAUGUAUUUUUGCAAAUUGCACAGAAUGAAUUAGAUUGAAGAAAGAAAGUGAAAAAGGAAGAAAGGGAUUUCCCAUGUAUUAUUAAACAUCUCUUCAAAAGAUGUAAUUGAAUUUACAAAAAGCCACAGAUAUUUUGUUUUGUAAGUUACAGGCCUGGGCCCUUUACAUGUCAUUCAAUGCCUGUUCUUUGCAAGGAAGUACUUAUCUGCAUGGGUAGUCUUACCAGAAUGAAAUUCCGUUUACAUGC